AUGCAUGCAUUCAUCGGCAGGCACUGCACUGAUUCUGGCGAUACGUACCGCCCUCGUGAGCGGUCUCGAUCUCCUCGUCGACGCUCCAGGAGCCCCGGUCGCCAGUCUCGCCGUCGCUCCUACUCUCCACGCAGCAGGUCCAACAGCAGAGACGACUAUCGCCGUGGCCGCGAUCGCUCGCCCAUGACUGGAACAGGCGCUCCUGGUGGAGGAUCUGGGACUGGUUUCGCUGGCCAAGCUCCGCAUCGCUCCUACGAGGAACGAGCCGCGGCUCGGGAGCAAAUGAUGAGCAACAUUCGCGAGACUUCACAGCAGGACCGCCGCGUCUACGUCGGCAACCUAUCCUACGAUGUCAAGUGGCAUCACCUCAAGGACUUUAUGCGACAAGCCGGAGAAGUCUUGUUUGCCGACGUGUUGCUCCUUCCCAACGGAAUGUCCAAAGGAUGCGGGAUUGUUGAAUAUGCCACCCGGGAACAAGCUCAGCAGGCCGUCGCCCAGCUCAGCAACCAGAACCUUAUGGGUCGCUUGGUUUACGUCCGAGAAGAUCGCGAAGCCGAACCUCGCUUCAUCGGCGCCACGGCCGGCAACCGAGGCGGAUUCGGAGGCGGCAUGUCUGGCGGCUUCAACCCAGGCUACGGCGGCGCACCUGGAGGCGGCGGCGGUCGUCAGAUCUACGUCACCAACAUUCCAUUCAACGUGGGCUGGCAAGACCUGAAGGACUUGUUUCGACAAGCCACACGCAUCGGAGGCGUCAUUCGUGCCGAUGUGCACGUUGGUCCCGACGGCCGACCCAAGGGCUCAGGCAUCGUUGUCUUCGAGAGCCCUGACGACGCUAGGAACGCCAUUCAGCAGUUCAACGGAUACGACUGGCAGGGACGCAUGCUCGAGGUGAGAGAAGACCGGUUUGCGGCAGCCAGCGGCAUGGGCUUCCCUGCCCGCGGCGGAUUCGGUGGCGGCAUGCGCGGGGGCUUCGGCGGCGGCGGCGGCAAUUUCGGCCGCGGCGGAUUCGGGGGAGGGCGGGGUGGCUUUGCAUUCGGCGGACGAGGAGGCUUCCCUAGCGGCGGCGGCGGCGGCGGCGGCUUUGAUGCCCCCCCCGCUACCGCUGUCCCGCCGAAUCCCUUCACUGACAACGCCACGGCCGGCACGGAAAGGGGCCAGGUCAUCUAUGUCCGGAACCUCCCAUGGUCGACCAGCAAUGACGACCUGGUCGAGCUCUUCACCACGAUCGGCAAGGUCGAGCAGGCCGAGAUCCAGUACGAGCCAAGCGGCCGGUCUCGAGGCUCCGGCGUGGUUCGCUUCGACAGUCCUGAGACGGCCGAGACGGCCAUCGCCAAGUUUCAAGGCUACCAGUACGGCGGUCGCCCUUUGAAUCUCAGCUUUGUCAAGUACCUCAGCCAGGGCAGCGCCGACAACAUGGAGACGGAAGCCCACGGAGGCCUGACCCAGGAUCAGAUCAUGUGA